AUGGGGAAGCUCGCUAAGUUGAAAAGGGUCCUCCUUCUGCUCCCUCUGGUCCGCAUCGCCCUUGAGCAGAGCCAUGGCGCGCAGGCGGGAGGCACCUCCGGGGUGCUGGGCGGAGGAAGGGGGGGCAGCGGAGCCCACCGGGGAAGCUACGAGGGAAUCCACCAGGUAAUCCACCAGGUAAUCCACCGGGGAAGGUGCGAGGGAAUCCACCAGGUAAUCCACCGGGGAAGGUGCGAUGGAGGCCACCAUGUAAUCCACCGGGGAAGGUGCGAUGGAGGCCACCAUGUAAUCCACCGGGGAAUGUGCGAGGAAAUCCACCGCGUUGUCCACCGCGUUAUCCACCGCGAAAUUUACGAAGGAACCCACUUCAGCCGAAGUGGCCGCCCCUACAGUGGGAGGAGCGACUCCACUGGGGGGAGGUACAACCGGGGGGAUGCCAUAAGCAUGGGAAGAUAUCCCCUGCAUGGUCAGGCAAAGAUUGGGGACAGCGAUAUGGUGAUCACCCCGCGGAGGGUGGCCAGGCACUUGGCAGAAGAGGACGAUGGGGAUGAUGAAGAUGGGGAUGUCGAUGAUGACGAUGGGAAUGACGAUGGGGAGGGAACGCACACACAGCCGCAGGUGAAAGGAAUGGACGAUGAAGAUCUAGAAGGCCCACCAGGGGAAGACGAUUGUUUCGUGUUGCCCGAGGCAGGUGCUUCCGAUGGGGUCUUCGACAAGGUGGACGAGGCGUUCGAGACGACGAUCAAAGGGGAUGGAAAUGUGUUGCAAGCGAGUGACCCAGAAGUCGAAACCUUCGCAUCUAGCAACACAAAUAAGGAGUACGUGUGCGAUUUUGUGAAGCACAUCACCAUGAAGGAGGCCUCCAAAAAGGUAGUCAUCUGCGAAAUGAAGAUUCAGGAGCCCCUCGUUAAGGUAAAAAUUCUAUGCCCUACGAAAUACGCAGAUGUAAUUAAAUAUGGGUCUAUGGAGUUCUUCCCCAAGAAAGCUCCCUACGUUACUCUGGUGAAUGCAAAUGAAGGUUCUGAAGAGAAGAAAGAAUCGUUGAAGGAGAAACGGCUAGCCGCCCUCAUUCACGGGGUUAUCAUCACCCCAGAAGUGAACGAAAAGGAAAACAAUUUCGAAAAGGGGGUCAUCGAGUUUGUGCUGCCUCCAGUUUUAAAGGAAAAAAAAAAACUAUACUACAUCUGCGAUAACGGCAAAUCAGCCGAUGGAGUGAGCAACCAUGGGGAUAGAGGAGUCGCCGCCAUCACCAUAGAACCCUAUGGUCAAUCUGUCAAAGGGUGCAACUACACGGGAAAGGGCAAACACUUCUUCUCGUACGAUUAUGAAGAAGGUGCAGAUAUGAAGCACCCCUGUGUCUUUCAGUUAAACGCUGGAGAGAUAGGAGGGAUCAUGUUUCCGGAGGGGACCAAGUCGACUAGCUGCUUCGACAGGAUGGUUCCCCACUCGGCGAAUGAAAAGUGGGACAAGAAAAAAAAAAGCCUCAGCCAAGUCAUAAACGGGGCAGUGGUGUACAAUAACGAUUUCAAGGCCAAGUAUUUCACCGUCAAGUACUUUAGCAUUCCGAAGAGCUUCCGAGAGGCAACACACUUGAUGUGUCACAUCCAAUUGACGGACGGGGAUAAGAAACACAUGGUCUACAUCAGCAUCAACCAGGAGCUCAACCUCUCCGUGUUUGAUCUGUAUGAGGCCUUUGCAAAUGUGAAGAAGGUCAUACAAAUCGCCAAGCAGACGGAUGAUAAGAAAGAGUAUACGUGCGAUUUUACAGACCAGCUAGACAAGAAGGCGGGGGAGAGCGAAAAGAAAGUCAUCAUCUGCAGGAAGAGGCUAACCGAGUUUGACUCCUUCAAUAUGAAGUGCGCCAUCAAUAAGGCGAAAUACGCAAAUUUAGAAAUGAUCCCAAAGAUGCUAAAGGAGGAGAAGAAGAAAAAAAAAAACGUCCUCAAAGUGCAGCUAGAUGUGCAAUACGAACUGUUUAAAAAGUAUUUUCAUUUCCACGAUAAGUAUGGGAGGUACCUCCCUGGGUAUCCCUCCUUCUUUAGCUUCCCCCUCAACCGGGUGGCCAAACUGGAGCUGAAAAAGAACUCCCUCUUCAAAAACCACAAAGAUUCCUCCUACUUUGAUGAAGUGGCAUCUCCAUCUGACGGGUUCGUCAAGCUACUCUCCUUCUUAGACGCGCAAGACACGGUUAUCCUAAAUGAGCAAGUUAGCGAUCUCACCAUAAGUACUGAGCAAUCCACGGAGGACCUCUUCACCCUGCAGCUGCAGAUCCCCCCUUACAUCACCACCAAUGAACCUCUGUACUUCCUCAUCGGAUGCAACAACACGAAGGAUGGGGGCAACCUGGGCAUCGUCGAAUUGGUCAUCUCGAAGAACGAGCACCUCGUCAAGGGCUGCAACUUUUCGGAUGGAAAAAUGGAGCACUUCACAAACAAUGUAGGCUCUACGGGGGAAAAGUGCAACAUCACGGCCUUCCCAAAUGACGUCGUCGGGUUUAACUGCUCCAAGACGGUCCUGCCACCGUCCGACGAAGCGGAAGACUCGGCUACCUCCAACGUGGUGAUCGAACCAGAGGGGUGCUUCACUCAAGUGUAUAGCAGCUCGCAAAAGACAGACAUCGUCAGCAUCCUCCCAGGAGUUCUGCUCUACACAAGUAGGGCGAAAAGCUCCAAGGCGUUUAUAAAAAUCCCCCCAGUGUUACUCAAAGAUAAAUUUACCUUCUCCUGCAAAUGCAAAAUAGAAUCGGUGCAGAACGAAAUGGAGGUGAAUGUUCGUCGAGAGAGGGAGAGCAAAGAAGCAGUCAUCGCAGAGUUGAAGCAGGAGGCAACCACCACGGGAAAGGAGAAGGACGAGGGAGGAAUGAUCUACUCCUGUGCAAAUAAAACCCUCAUAGAGCCUAAACUAGAGAAGCUGGACGAUCGCUAUGUGAAGAACACCUGCCAUGUAGAUGCAAAAGAGAUGCACAGCUACGUGGAGCUCUUCUGCCCCUCCAGAGAUCUCUCCAUUCAUCAGAAUAUUAAUUUGUACUUCAAUACGGUGAAGCCAACCAAAGUGGAAAGCCCGAAGGUGCUCAACCAAGUCGAGCUGGAAAAACUCAUCCCACAUGCUGAGAUGCUCCACAAGACGAGGAGUAUCCUCCCCCUGCAGAGCUGCACAAGUGGCAAAGAAAUGGUAGACAUCUCCCACGUCUAUUUGUUUUUCCCCUACUAUGUUAAGGAAGAGCAAGAAUUCAACAUCCUGUGCGAUAAUAGCAAUACCGUUUUUGAGGGGAAGAGGGGAGGCCUGCUAACCUACCAGGUUAAGGUCCCCAAGAGGAGCAAGAAAAUUAAGGGCUGCGACUUCUCCGCCAGUAAAUCGGAGGCUUUCCUAAACGAGUCUACAGCAAAUGACUGCUUGGUAGACGCGAUGCCGAAGGACGUAAUCGGGUUCGUGUGCCCCCCGGGGACAGUCAAAAUAACCAGCUGCUUUAAAGAAGCUGUGGUGGGAGAUAACCUCAUCAACAUCUCGGAGGCACUCGAGCUGACGGACAAUAUGGCAAAUUACACCCACAGCCACAGAUUUAGCUACUUAGAAAUUCCGAGUGUGGUGAGCAAAGACCUGUCCUUCAAAUGCAUCUGCGUGCAGUUGAAGAAGGACUACGCGUUGACGUCCCCCCCGAGUGCGAAGCUUCUGGAGGUCAUUUAUCAAAAGAUGAGCAUAAAGAAAGGGGAGGGCUACAACAAAGGAGAGCCAAAAAAUAAAUUCCUGAUGAGUAGCCUCCACCUGCACUUAUCUCAUAAGAAGAGGCAAAUCGUCAGCAUCUUCCAGAAGGUAGAUGCGAAGAACCCAUCCGAGGAAGACGCGAACCCGGAGCAGCUAUUUGAAGAAGUAGCCGGCCAAGAGGUCUACGACGAUGUGACGGGUGCCACCUGCUCGAUGUCGCAAAUUCGGGACAACCACAUCUCAGGGGACGACUACUCUGUAUUCACCAGCGUGAGUGACAGCCUGUUAGAGGAGACCAUAACGAGGGAUAUAUCGUCUCUUAACGCAUCCGACUUUAAGGUCUACACACUGAAGGUUAACUUGAAGGCCCCCAAACUGCUGAAGCCGAAGAAGCUCAGCGAUAACGAGUACCUGUGCGACUUUUCCAAGAAGAGUUUGAUUGUCCCGGAACCCCUGACAGAGGAGUCCCCCCCGGACAUCCACUGCUACAGUGCGCUCAAGCCGCUCGACACGCUGUAUGUGAAGUGCCCCACGGAGAAGGCGGCAUAUGAGGUAGCAAAGGGGAAAACGGGCGAGGAAGACGAGGAGGAAGCGAAGGGGAUUAUUGCCCUCCUGGAGGGUGAUCCCGCAGAUGCUGGGGAUCCCAGUGCACCCCCCCUGGAUGAUGCCUCCUUCGUUAAGUACUUCGAAAAGGUUAGCAUGAAGCCGAGUGGUUUUUUUAAAAACGUUUUAAACGAAGACGGCGAUAAAGAGGAAGAAAUUGAGAGAGUCCUCCCAGGAGCAGCCAACACAUCUAUGAUUGUGCUGAAGAAGAAGGACCCCUUCACCUCCUACGCGGCUGUGAUUAUCCCGCCGAGCGUCUCCCGAAACACUUUUUUUAAAGUGCAAUGUAAUAAUGAUGAAUAUAAGGAGGGGGCAAAAAAUGGAGGCUACAAGGGGGUCAUCCACUUGGACAUCUCCAGAAGUGAGAAAAAGACCAUAGGGUGCGACUUCACCGCGGAGACUAGUAGCAUCUUCACGAAGGGAGUUCUGCUCCCCAGCGGACAGUCCAAAGAAUGCGAAGUGGAGGCUACCAAAAAUGACAUCUUCGGAGUCAGAUGCAGCAACGAAUCUACAUUCGACCCAACCAAUUGCUUCCACGAAAUUUAUGACAAAGCGGGGGGGAAAAAAAAAAUAAAAGAACUCAUCCCAGAUGUAAAGGUAUUCACUCUACCCAACUCGAAGACCAAAGUGGCUUACGGGAAGAUCCCACUGGACUACGUAAAUAAGAUCAAUUUUUCCUGCUCUUGCACCAAAGCGGAUGACUCCACGAAGGGGACAAUCAAAGUGAUUGUAAAUAAAGAGGAGGCCUCCUUAGAAGAUAUGAAGCUCACAGAUGCGGUGAAACAUGGUCAGGUGAAUUUCUGCAACUUCUUAGAUGAUGAAGCUCUCAUGUUUGAAAAGAACCCAGAAAAAAUAGUCCAGUGUAAGGUAGAUGCAGAUCUCUUCUCAGAGGUAGUCGUCAUCCUUCCUAAGAUGGGAAGUACCAGCGGAGAAGCGGAGCACAAGAAUUUAUCUGUCACCCCGCCACUAACCGAAGGAGAAGACAUUAAAGUUCUUACGGAUGAGAAAACGCAAGUGUCUCUAACCACCGCUCUCAAAGGAGUGUACGGAAGUAGAGUCUUCUCCUUCGAAAAGAACUCGAAAAAGGGAAUCGGGCUCAGCUUCUUCAUCCCUCCCACGUUUGAGAACAAGAACUUUAAGCUACUGAUCAACCAGUCGGGCUUGCUCUCCUCCAACAAGCAGAGAGGAAUCGUCUUCAUCAUCGUCAGGAAGAACUCAGAGCCUGGCUCUGUUAAGCUGUGUGAUUUUACCUCUCCUGAAAAUACCCUUGCUGAGUUAGACCACACCAAUAAUGAGAAGGUAUGCAGUGUUAGGAUAGCCAAAGGGGACCUCUUCGGAAUUACCUGCCCCAAGGGGUUCUUCCUCUACCCGGAGGCCUGCUUCUCCAACGUUACCUUGGAUUACUACAAGGGGGAGCUUCAAACGGUGGGGGGAGAAGCAGAAGUAGAAGGAUACGAUGCUGACAUCAACUACGCAGAGAGAACCCAAACGAACAUGCGCAUAAAAGACCUGCUGCACCUCCUCGGGGACGAAGACACCGAAAUGGAGGACUUGCAAAAGUUUUCCGAAUUUUCUAACCUCCCCGAAAUGCUCAAUUUUGAGACCUUCCAUUUGGGUUCUAUGCAUCUAGAUUUUAAGAAGGCCUACACAUCUGCCUACGCUAGGGUGCCAACCAAAUUCAGGAGCGCCAUCAAAUUUUCCUGCAGCUGCUAUAAUCCACAGAAGAAGGUGUUCGGCACGAUGGACGUCGAGACGGAGUACGCGUCUUCCGAAGAGGAGCCCCCAAUUCGGGCAGACCCCUUUGUGCGAAAUAAGCUCCUCCCCUUGAGGAGCAAAAUUAGCAUAGAUGCAGACGAGGUAGAACCCAUUGUAGAGCCGGACGCAGUGGAUGAUUUAGAAGCAACUGGCUCAGAGGGGUGCAAAGAAGAGGGGCCAUGCGGCAACAUGCUCUCCCAGGGAAUCAGCUACACGUGCGACUUCUCCCAAGAAUCGCUCUUCACCCUCAUCGAGGGGAAGCUGCAGAGAAACACCUGCACGGUAGAUGCGAGGGCGCUCGACGUGGUAACUGUGAAAUGCCCGGCCAUAGCGAACCACGUGCAUGCGGAGGGCAUCGCGGAUGAAGCGGUUGAAACGGAAAAGGUCAUCAUCACCAUCGAUGACGAGCAGUUCGUAACCUACCAGGAGGAGAAAACUAAGAAGAAGACCUUCUCUUUGAAAGAAAUUUACGAUAAGGAGUACUACGGCAUGACUAGCGAGGAAGUGGUCAAGCUGCGAAAGGUGGACGCCGGGUGGGAGAAGCACCAAGUGUAUUACCCCAAACGGGUUCUAAACGACGUGGUCGUGGCGAAUAAGGUGACCAAGCUGGAAGAGGCCCUGCCAGGAGUGCUGCUCCUGCAGAGUAAAGUGAACGACGAACUGAAGACCACCGAAUUGAUAGCCGAUGGGGUAGUCCGCUUCAUCGUACCACCGUAUGUGAGAAACGACUUCCAGUUCCACCUCUUCUGUGGAAAGUCAUCUGAGACGAAGCCACAAGGGAAGAACACGUCCCUCGGAGUGAUCCGCGUAAACGUGUCCGCCAACAGGAAGGAGCUCCAGGGGUGCGAUUUUGUAAAUGAAAAGGAGGACCCCCACUUGGUUAUUUUCACAAAUAAGAGAGAAACUGCUAGUAAUACAGUUUGCCCCAUUUCCCUCAUCCCCAACACCGUGGUGGGAAUCAACUGCCCGUCGGGGAAGCUCCUCCCAGAUAGCUGCUUCCACGAGACGUAUUAUGUAGCCGAGUCAGAAGCAGUAACAGCUGCCAACCAAGUGGGCAGCCUGCCCAAGGAGAAAAUUACAAACGUCAUUAAGGGAGCUAUACCGCUGUCUAAUUUUGCGAAUAAGAAAAACACCUACACCUAUUUGAUCCUUCCGAAGGAUAUGAAGAGUGUCGCCACGUUAAAUAAGCACUUCUACUGCACCUGCAAUGAGGGGAUAAUAAAAAUGAAAGUUAAUACCAUUUACCUGAAGAGAGAAAAGGACAAUCGGGUCGAUAAGGAAAGCUGCUCCUACGAUAGCGUGAAAAACGUCACCACCUGUAAUGUCGUAGAAUUCAUGGAGAGUCUAGCCCAGAAAGAUAACAAGACGAAUCACUACAGUGUGCAGCUAGCCAAAUGGGACAAGCUCAUUUUAAAGUACCCUACAAAUGAAAAGGAAAACUACGAAAAGGUUUAUAUAAACCCUAUUAACAUAAAAGACAAGGUCCUCUUUAGGAAGGUCCCUACUCACAUUGAGGACCUCCUACCAGGAGCUAUCACCACCAAUAAGCUAGAUUCUAGAACCAAAAUAAUUGAAUACACCUUGAGAGUCCCUCCUUACGUUUCCAAAGAGGUUCAUUUCUCCAUCGAAUUUAACAAUUCACUUACCUCAAAAAUGGUUAACUAUAAUGUGGCCUACGGGGGGGUUGUGGAAAUUUUCAUUCACGUAAGAGAAGGCUACACCGAAAUCAGUGGCUGUGAUUUUACCGGUCAGUACAACCACCUGUUCAGCCACAACUUCGCUCCCAAUUUGAAGGAAAGCAAGACUUGUUCUGUUGUCUUCGGGAACAAUAGCUAUGCUGGGUUUGCUUGCCCCACCAAAUUUGAAAUCGUCCCGCACAACUGCUUUGCCUCCGUCUAUGAUAGAAACGAUGGAGAGAAGGUGAAGAAGCUCGUGGACUUGUCCGAGGAAGCCGAAUAUGAUUUCGUGCAAUACAACUCCAGGGGGGUCAGCCUCUCCUACCUCACCUUUAAGCGAGACACCAAGACGCACAGCGUCUCCUGCAAGUGCGUCUCGCCCCAGGUCACCCACACCAUCAACGUUACCUUCGAGCCGGACGCGGACCACUCCCUCCCCAAGACGCGCAUUCGCAUACGCUACUUCGACUUGAGCAGGGCCUCCUUCAGCUCGCACCUCCGCGGGGGGUGA